CGGUUAACUUUGACCCAAAGACAACCUCUUCUCUCCCGCUUCCCUCGCUGUGAAGAUGGCGCUCUCCAGGGUGUGCUGGGCUCGGUCGGCCGUGUGGGGCUCGGCAGUCACCCCUGGACAUUUUGUCACCCGGAGGCUGCAACUUGGUCGCUCUGGCCUGGCUUGGGGGGCCCCUCGGUGAGGGACCUGUAGCGAGAAAAGCAUUUUUGACGUCCAGGCUGUUUCAGUGUCUCAACCUUGCUUGCAUUCUGUCUCUUAAUUCUCAGAGUUCCACGCCUUGGCCCUGGAAUUUUUAUUCUUCUGCUCAGGAUUCAAACUCCGAUCCCCCCUAGUGACCCGGCUUCCUGACCCUCUGUACUCUCAGUGCCCCAUAUUGUCUGGUUUCCUCGCGUGUCCUGAGCUCAUCUUUCAGCCUCACUUUUUCGGCUCAGGUUUUACCGCUACUGUCUCGAUUCCACCUCUUUCUGACUUAGCCUGCAGUUCAAAUUGUCCCACAGGCAUUGCGCUCUCUCCCGAGGCAUACCCUGAGUUCCUUUCCUGCCCCUGGCCUUUGCCUGAUUUGUGUUUCACAGUCUGAUUGCCUAUCUCUUCUUGACCCCAAGACCCUCCUUGGGUUUCAGAAGUGUCAAGCCUUGGGAUACAAUCUCCGAGACUCCUGCUUUACAUUAGGGACUCAAGGCGUGAGGGAGCUUCUAGGACUGAUUCCCAGAUAGUCUCUUUGAUCUUCCUUGUAGGUCUUCAAAGCUUCACCUUUCUCCAAAGGCAGAUGUGAAGAACUUGAUGUCUUAUGUGGUAACCAAGACAAAAGCGAUUAAUGGGAAAUACCAUCGUUUCUUGGGUCGUCAUUUUCCCCGCUUCUAUGUCCUGUACACAAUCUUCAUGAAAGGAUUACAGAUGUUAUGGGCUGAUGCCAAAAAGGCUAGAAGAAUAAAGACAAAUAUGUGGAAGCACAAUAUAAAGUUUCAUCAACUUCCAUACCGGGAGAUGGAGCAUUUGAGACAGGUAUUAUUUCCAUUCCACCUUUUGCCAACUACCUGGUCUUCUUGCUAAUGUACCUGUUUCCCAGGCAACUACUGAUCAGGCAUUUCUGGACCCCAAAACAACAAACUGAUUUCUUAGAUAUCUAUCAUGCUUUCCGGAAGCAGUCCCACCCAGAAAUUAUUAGUUAUUUAGAAAAGGUCAUCCCUCUCAUUUCUGAUGCAGGACUCCGGUGGCGUCUGACAGAUCUGUGCACCAAGAUACAGCGUGGUACCCACCCAGCAAUACAUGAUAUCUUGGCUCUGAGAGAGUGUUUCUCUAACCAUCCUCUGGGCAUGAACCAACUCCAGGCUUUGCACGUGAAAGCCUUGAGCCGGGCCAUGCUUCUCACAUCUUACCUGCCUCCUCCCUUGUUGAGACAUCGUUUGAAGACUCAUACAACUGUGAUUCACCAACUAGACAAGGCUUUGGCAAAGCUGGGGAUUGGCCAGCUGACUACUCAGGAAGUAAAAUCGGCUUGUUAUCUCCGUGGCCUGAAUUCUACGCAUAUUGGUGAAGAUAGGUGUCGAACUUGGCUGGGAGAAUGGCUGCAGAUUUCCUGCAGCCUGAAAGAAGCUGAGCUGUCUCUCUUGCUGCACAACGUGGUCCUGCUCUCCACCAACUACCUUGGGACAAGGCGCUGAAUGAACCAUGGAGCGGAUGGCGUUGUCCUGCAGUCGCAUAGUAUAGCAGUGCAGGAACAAACAGCACUUGCCAGCGAAGUCUGUGUGUACUGUUAAGUGUGUGGGAGGCAGAGAGAGGAGCAGGGGCCAUGGGCCUCACAGCAUGGCACACAUGUGGGAACUGCAGACAUUCCCCUCACAGCUAGAACUGAAACAAACCCUCUUGCCAGGGGUGGCCCGUGUGAGGUGUCAUCCCGUCCCCCUCAUAAUUACUAAUAGCUGGAACUGGCAGCAGCCUCUGCUGGGCUUUUACUGUGAUGUGUUCAGUUCAUGUCCUAGAAAGUCAGCUUUUGCCCCAGGUGGGAAUCCCUAUUUGGCUUAGGACUGAUCCACUUCCAUGUUACUUACGUCUGUGGGUUUUUGUUGUUGCUGUUAGAAAAUUUGUGGCUGUCGAGAACAGCACUCCUUUGGCUGGAGCACUCGUGUCCGUGCAUGUACUUCAGUGUUUCCCUCCAUCCUUUCUGAUACGACCAAAAAUCAAGUUGUUUUGUUUUUUGUCCCCUACACUGGCAUAGGCUAACCACUUCCUUUCUUUUUCAAACCCUCUGAACACCUUUUUUUGAUGGGUACCUUGCAGGAAUAUUCUAUUGGAAAAGAUAACAGGAAGUAAAAGUGCUUCUUGACCCCUUCCUCAAUGUUUCUAGCCUUCACUCUCCGUUGUCUUUUCUGGGCUGUAUUACAGCCCCCUGUGGAUCUUCAACUCUGCUGCCUCCACUGUGAUGCAGCGGUCCAACUGUAACUGACAGUGGCUGCCUUCUCUGGGCCAUGGAUCGCACCUGUAAGGUACUAACUACUGCCCAGCCUGGGGAGAUCAGGAGAGGUCUGCAUAGAGUUAGUAAGUUGGGUUUAGCUUUUGUGUGUGCAUCAGUGACUUAUAGUUCUGUAAUAACUUACUGUAAAUGCAUGAAGCACUGUUUUUAAACCCAAGUAAAGACUGCUUGAAACCUGUUGAUGGAAAUGA